ACGAACGCGCAGGGGUGGGAGGAGGUCAUAUGUCAGCUAAACCUUUUGAGUCAUCAGGGGCUCCUGAGACGCAAUCGUGUCUCCCGAGGUGCUACAGCCCCCACUCCUCAGCAAUACGGGCCUGGAGGGCGGGGCUGGAAGGGGUAGGACAUCUUCAGCCCGCCCCGCCUCCAUUGGCUAGGGAGCCGGGGGCGGGGCGGGGCGCGGCUGCCAGAUGUUGGGGCGGCAGCUACCAAGAGCGAGGAGCCUGGGAGUAAGGCAAGGGUGAGGACGCCGCUGGCGGGCCGAUCCGGCCCACUCUGCGCUGCUCUCGCGGGUGAUCGAGAAGAAGCUGAAGCACCUGGAGAGACUACAGCACUAGCACCAACAUGCACAGCGCUCGACUUGACAGCUUCCUGAGCCAGCUCCGCUGGGAACUGUUGUGCGGUCGGGACACAGGCUCGCCUCCAAUGUCUGGCCCACUGCAACCCAAAUCCAAAAGUGAUCCAAGUGUACAGCCCAACCGCCAGUUCAGGGCCUCAGAUGCUCUGGAUGAGGAUUCUGUCUGCUGUGUGGAAGAGGAGGAAGAGGAAUCCUUGGUAGCUGAAGACAAGGGUGUAUCCUUGCGAUGCCCUAGGGAACAUGCCCUAGACUGGGACUCUGGUUUUUCAGAAGUGUCAGGCAGUACAUGGCGAGAGGAAGAGCUGUCUGUACCCCGGCGCCAAGAACCCUCAGGACGGCCACCUCAUAGCCAGCGUUUUUCAGUCAGUGACCUCCCCCUGCGUAGCAGGGCAACUGUAACCGGCAUACCACCUGCCCACCGUCCUCGGCCCAAGUCCACUCCGGAUGCUUGCCUGGAACAUUGGCAGGGGCUGGAAGCAGAGGACUGGACAGCAGCACUGUUGAACAGGGGCCGCAGUCGGCAGCCCCUGGUGCUAGGGGAUAACUGUUUUGCUGAUUUGGUUCACAACUGGAUGGAGCUGCCUGAGGCAGCCAGUGAGGGGAGCGAUGGUGGCAUACCCCGAGCCCGUGCUCGACCCCCUCAGUUCCUGCUUGGCCUCUCUGAACAGCUACGGCGUCGGCUGGCCAGAGCUCGCCGGACAGCUAUGGCAGGAAAGCGGCUAUCAUGCCCACCUCGUUCAGAACCUGACCUGCCUUCGGACAUCUCACGAUUUACAGCCCUCAUGAACUGUCGCAGCCGCCAACCCAUCAUCUACAGUGAUGUCAGUCACCUCUGACCCUGCCCUCCAUCCAGGGACAAUAAAGGCCUUUUUCUAGA